AUGGACUUACCAAUGGAGGAACACAAUGGCGCCGACAGUUCAGACGGGAUCGAUGUCACAACUGGCAACCCAGCAAACAUCCUCGCCAAUGGCCACCCUGAGCCUGACUCCACCACCAAUGGCUACCCUGAUGAUGCAUCAGCAGCAGCAGCAGUUGUUGCAAAUAGCUCUGCUGUUAACGGCCUGGUCACCAAUGACCAGAAACAGUCAACUGAGAUGAGCAACAAUGGCACCAUCAACAACAGCAACAGCAAAAGCUACGUCACCCAGGCGGAGUCCCUGCUGAACAUCAAUGAGCUAGAUGAGCUGAACCGACUGAUCGGCACUGAUCCGAAUGCCAGCGUCGUCGUGGAUGGCUUUGAGCUGCCCCGGUCGCUCAUCAUCACCAACAUCGACAGUCGAGUCUUCCAAGUGGGCACCGAGGAGAGAGCUCAAUUCGAGGAAACAUUCCGAGCAGUGGACUCGACGGCCAUCUUUCUGUACUUUCGCAGUUUCCGCCGAGCUCGCGUCGACUUUGCCGCCUCAGUGCACGCCACGAAGGCGCGCAUCCUCUGCAACCAACGUCGCAUCGGCGAGGAGGCCAUCAACGUCUACUACGCUGAGAUCGCCGAGGUGCCCCAGGAGAAUCGCCACCUACGUCCGCCUGCUCUGGAGAAACAGUUUCUCAUCUCGCCGCCUGCCUCCCCGCCGGAAGGCUGGGAGCCGGUGGAGGAGGCGCAGCCAGUGCUCAACAUCGACCUGCAGUCGGCGCUGGCCAAUCUGCUGCCGGGCACGUCGCACGAGCUGCACGCCGCCACGGACAAUCAGCCGGGCAUCUUUGUGCACAUCUGCCCUGAUACGACCACCGACCAGAACGUCGUUUCUGCCUCUUCAAAAGAUGAGGUCGAUGGGGCUGAUGAUGAUGAUGGUGGGGAAGAAAACGUUGCUGGUGGUAAAAAAGGCAUUGAAGUCAGUGGGGUUUUUGAGGUAGAGGAAGAGGAAGAGGAGGAGGAGGAGUGCAUGAGUGCAGAGGACUUCAAUGCUUCAAUUUUAGCCAAAAGAGCGCCCUCUCUUCAAAUGAUGGGUCAAGUUUUCGGUAGUGGAGGUGGUGGAGGUGGUGGUAUGCCAAUGUCUCGCAAAAUUCCCCACACGCCCUGUCCCCCUUCAAUGAGUACUCAAGCCUCAGCGGCACGUCGUGAAGACUGA